AACAUACGGCAGGCGGAAUUAUCUGGAAGAAACGUAUCUGCCAGGUUCGAGGGUUUUUCGGCCGCCAGUUCUCAGAUUUCCCGCCACUGGGCGAGAUUCGCCUCAGCUGAUUGCAGCCCAGCGGGCUGUCCUUGGCGACCCCUUAUCGCCUGACUGCCUCAAGUGGUCGGUCGCCGCGCCGUGCGCUGUGUGUUCCAUCGUCAGAGUCGCGAUCCGCGCAGACAGCCACCGUCCAGAGGCCAGCUGGUACAGCCAGCCUACCGUACACUUUGGUGCGAGACGGCGUGUGCGUCCCGCGGCCCGUUAGCUGGAGAGCCGCCAGGCCCCGAAGAGGCGAGGGCCCUCACUGCCCGACAUGGACGGCGCCUCGCCCCGACUGCUGCUGCUGCCGUUGGCGCUGCUCGCCGCUGCCGGGCCCACAGGAUGCAGCGCCUCGCUGUGGGUAGUCCACAUGGGUCCGUGUCCGCUGGUCCUAGGGGGAGACUGCCCGGACCCAGCCGUCCGCUUCUUCCUCUUCACUGGUUCAGGUGAUGAUGGUGACCGAGUGCAGGUGGAUGUCUCGGACGAUUGGGCGGGCCUCGACGGUCCUUGGUUCGAACCCUCACUGCCAACCAAGGUGGUUGUGCACGGCUACAACUCGGGCAUGGACAUCCAGCCGCUCGCUGCCAUUAGGAAUGCCUACCUGCGCCGCGGCGGCCACAACGUUCUCACAGUGGACUGGACGGCGCUGUCCCCUGGACCCUGCUACCCCAUGGCGGUGCACAACGCACGCUUCGCGGGCCGCUGCCUCGCCGGGCUGGUUCGCGCCCUGACCACGCGCGGCGCCACCGACGUGCACCUGGUGGGCUUCAGCGUGGGCGCCCACGUGGCCGCGUACGCCGCCAACAGCCUGCGGCCCUACCAACUGCCGCGCAUCACCGGUCUGGAUCCGGCGCUGCCGCUGUUUGUGACUCCGAACCGCGACCACAAGCUGGACGCGAGCGACGCGCUCCUGGUGGACGUUCUGCACACCAACGCGCUGGUGCAGGGCAAGCUGGAGCGCUGCGGGCACGCCGACUUCUACCUCAACGGCGGCGUAGACCAGCCCGGCUGCGGCGAAACCUCUGACCGGUUCGGCUGCUCGCACCACCGCGCGCCGCUGUACUUCGCCGAGUCGGUGACGGCGGGCCGCGACGCCGCCGGCGGCUUCUGGGGCUGGCGCUGCGGCGGCCUCAGCCUCUUCCUGCUGGGCCUCUGUCCCGCCCGCGGCGACCAGGUGCUCAUGGGCGAGUUCCUCGACCCCAGGCAGGAGGGCUUCUUCGUGGUGCAGACGGCGUCGUCCCCGCCGUUCGCGCUGGGCCGUUGGCGCUCUAGCGACCCGUACCGCCAGCACACACAGCCACUGCCCGUGGCGCUGCCUGCGGGAUCUGCCGACGACUGCGAAGACGAAGACGCCGGCCGCCUCCUCCGCAUGCUGCUCGGCGACCGGGAGCCGGAGCUCGUGUUGUUGCCCUGACUGUCCAAACUGCUCUUCUCUACUGUCUGUCUAGUCCCACACGAGGUUUCAGUUGUUUCAGGCCGCGUCUACAUGUCUCCCCUACACCCAAGCCGUCAUUAGCGUGCUCUGGCGGUGCACAGUUCAACAUCCAUACAAGUCUUGACUUGACUACGCUUGAAAAGCCAAAGAGAGGAAUGCGUCUCCACGAUUUAAUGCGACAACGUUCUCCUUGAAAGGCGUGCUUCACUUCAUUUGUAAUGGUUUAAGCAAACGAAAGCUAUCACAUGAUAUUUGGCGGAGGAUACUUAGUAAAUUAUGUAGCAGUGGCACCAGUUGCUCUAACAACACAUAAAUACACAAACUGUGACCAUUACUGUACCCAAAAAAGUAACAAGCAUUGAAUAUCGAGGGGUACUGCAUUGCAGCGUGCGAUAAGUUGGAAAUUUGAGUUGAUCAGGGAUCGUGUCCUGAUGACCGAAGCGGUUAAGGCAACCGCUCGUGAGAAGCGAUAAAUCCUAGUUCGAGUCCCGAUACGAUACAAAUUUUCAAAUUUCGCCAUUGCCUUAGCACAAUAUCCUUGCGGCUGGCAGUCCUGAUUUCUCACCCAUGCCAUCCCACCUUUUUCCCAUUCUCUGUUUCAUAUUAAUUUGAAUAUCAAAUGACCUAGAAUAACAUCACCUGCAAUUUUAGUAGCAGAUUACAGGAGUUGGAAAACUUCUCCAUCCAUCUUGACUUUACAAGUAAACUUUUUCGCAGCUUUACAGCUGAGCUACACAACUCAUUCCAGGAAGCAGCGCUCUCUCUGAACUGUUGUUAGACGAAAGCGAAACUAGAGCUUACCGAAAAUGUAAUUAAUCCAGGCAUAUGUAUCAGCAAGUUGCGAAACAGGAUGACAGAAGAGCCAGUAAGGUAAUCAGAACUGUAGCAGGAGGAAAAGCAAUGCGUUUUCAGUGCAAAUGCGUCGGGCAAUAGUAGCUGGCGGCAGAAAUGAUCGAAUGGAUACCUCGAUAAACUGCAACAACUGCUGUCAUCAGAAGCAAAAAUGCGGGGCAAAGGGCAGCCGGUACUAAACAACAAGCACAUUGUGGCGAAUUGGCCUGUCGUAUCUUGACACUUAAGAGGGGUAGGACGUCAAACGGGCCGACUUGGAGCAGGAGAGGCACCACAGGACAUUUUAUUUUCUACUGUCUAUACUUUUACAAAUAAAUUCAUAAAACUUUGUCAGCAUGACCAGGAAGGAUUCAGGAUUCAACUCAUAGCAGUGGAAGUGCAAAAACAUAACAAAAUUAAUUUUUUUAUAUAUGAAAUUUCAUCAUUUUUUCACUUACUGUUGGCUGCAUUUGUUGCUAUAGGUACAUUUUUCUUCACAAGUAAGAGAGAUUUUUUGAUGAAUUUUGCACAGCAUACAAACCAUACUUACAGGUGUAUGAAACUCUAGAAUUUCCCAAAUCUAUUAAAAACUGUGGUAAAAAUUGAGAUAAUUAACUACAACAUUUGAUUUUUUUCUAAACAUCAAGUUUAAAACGUAACAGCUCAUUCAUUUUUCCAUAAAUUAAAUAGACUCAAGAGUUUCAGACACCUGUAAGUAUGGUUUGUAUGCUGUGCAAAAUUCAUCGAACAGUCUCUCUUACUUAUGAAGAAAAGUGUACCUAUAGCAACAAGUGUAGCCAAUAGUAAGUGAAAAAAUGAUGAAAUUUCACAUGUAAAAAAAUUAUUUUGUUAUGUUUUUGAACUUCCGCUGCUACGAGUGUGAAUCCUGAAUCCUUCCUGGUCAUGCUGACAAAGUUUUAUGAAUUUACUUGUAAAAGUAUAGACAGUGGAAAUUAAAAUGUCCUGUGGUGCCUCUCCUGCUCCAAGUAGGCCCGUUUGACGUCCUACCCCCCUUAAUAGGAUCACAAAUCGAGUCCUCUGCUACCACAGCCUAUAUAAAUCCAUAAAUAAUCCAUUACAAUGUCUCUCAUGGGCCGCCACGGGAGCGCAAGGCACCGAGAUAUCAAAUACCUCUGGUUGUCAGAUAAUGACUAUGAUUUUUACAUUCUCAGAUCCAUUACUGUACUUGAAGACUAAAAAAGUGUAGAAUACAAUUGUAUUAUUCUCUUUUACCAUGGUGUCCUACCGGAUGUUAACGUUCAUUAUGCCACCCAGAGCGAUACAGUUUGCCAUACUAACUGAUGUUACCAUUUACAAUCUCGUGCUAGCAGUCACUAUCAUUUACUACGUUGUGCAUUUACCAUUCGCUGUAACAUGACGUUACCAUUUGCCUUGUCGUUUUACCUCAAGUUACCAAUCACAGUGGCAUGAUACUCAAUGUCACCAUCUACCACAGGAUGUUACCUGGCGUUACCAUUUACCAAGCCAUACUUCCUGACCUUAGCAUGUAUCAGCAAUACAAGCGUCAAGAAAUAUCAUGAAUAAUGAAGCACGUUGGUAUUGUGGCAUGUCCGCUUCAUAUGUUGUACAUAUAUAGAAUGUUUACAGAGAAUACUAUAUGCUCACAAACCAUGUUCACAUACCAAAUAUUCCUCACUGACAAAAUGAAGUAUAAAUGAAUUGCGAAUAUAAGAAAGUAAUUACGUUAUUUAAGUACAUACCGUGAUUAUAUGUCAACAUUUGUUGUUUAAAGAAGUCGAAUAAAUUUAGAUUAAAGAGCAAAUAAAAAUUUAAAUUACU